CGCCUGGUGAUUGGGCGGUUAAGUGCGCGCCGUGGUGACGUGCCACCGCGAGCAGAGACGGCCGGCAGACGCUUCGCGAGGCGGUCGUCUUGGAGGAGGCAGGAUGAGCAAAGCGCACCCGCCGGAGCUGAAGAAAUUUAUGGACAAGAAGCUAUCAUUAAAACUAAAUGGAGGUCGGCAUGUUCAAGGGAUAUUAAGAGGUUUUGAUCCGUUCAUGAAUUUGGUGAUAGAUGAGUGUGUGGAAAUGGCACCUGGUGGACAACAGAACAACAUAGGGAUGGUGGUAAUACGAGGAAACAGCAUCAUUAUGCUAGAAGCCCUGGAACGAGUAUAAAAAAUGAAGUACUGGCUCUUACUACAGCGUGGGCAAUUUUUAUUAUUGUUGGUUCUACAGGAGCAUUCCAUGUUUACAUUUUUUAAAAAAAUAAAUUCUUAAAAAUUGGUAUAA